UCGUGCCCGCCCCCUGCCCUCUACGCAUCAUGCUGCCGGCCGGCCGUGCCCACAGGCUGGCUUCCAUUCUCAGUCAGGCCCUGGAAGACUGUGCUGAGCAAAAGAAGAAGCUAGAGGACAAUCUAACCCUGUGUCGGGCCCUUCUUGGAGACUGGAAAGUGCAAACUCCUGAGAGUCCAAAGCCAGAGAAUUGCCGAAAGGGUGACCAAGAGAGUGAGCCUUCACCCAAGGAACUGGAGGAGCUGGAGCUGCUGAACAGAGCCCUGGAGAGAGCAUUAAGAGUCCGGAAAAGCACCCUGCGAAAUCCUUCGGAGGCCCUAGGAGCUGCAGAAGGAAAGAAGGCAGCAGAGAAGAAACCUGCUACCAGCGCUGUUAGAAUGCAGCAGGCACCCUUGUCUAAAGAGAGUGUCCCUAAGACCAUCAAGGUGACAUCUGUGUGCAAAAAGGCUGCCUCUUCCAAAAAGCUCUCAGCCUAUAUGCUGAAAGCUCCCUACAGGACUGAUCCUGUGAAAGCACCCACCAGUCAGAGCUCCAGGGCUCCAAAGGUGGCUGGGAAGGGCUUGACUAAAGGGGCUGCCCUCCAACAAGCGAGGAAGACUGUGCCCACUGCCAGUGUGAUUCAGCAAGAGUUCUGUGCUGCUGCAGAACCAUCUGGCUUGCCCAGCUCUCCCCUGCACCAGCAGCAGAGCUCUUCUUCCUUUGGAGGCUCUGCUAGUGGCGAAAACUCGGUAGAUGUCAUCCUACAGGGAAUUGAUCCAGAGAAUGAUUGUCCUGGUUCCUUGGCAGAGUCUCCAGUGACACAGAGCCAUACAGCAGGAGAUAUCCCUGUGGGGAGUACCACGGCCCGCACAUUCACCCUCCAGGAAAAGGGGUCUUUGUUGAAGCUACCGCUUCCCUAUAGGAAAGCCUAUUCCAGGAACUCCAGACUGUGGGAGAAGUGUCAUCUGUGCCAAAGCAGCUCAGCCACAGCUGCUGCAAGGAGUCGCUUUCUAGAGAGAAUGCAGGCGACCUUUUGUUCCUCUGCACCAGCCUUUAGUCCUGCAGAGAUAGAAGAGGAGGUGAUGGUCCUGCGUGAUGCACAUUCUCUCCUGAGCCAGUACAUGGAAGCUGAGACCACAGGCCACCCAACGUGGAAGAGAGAGUACGAAUGUCUCCUGACCCUGGAAGGCCUGCAAGACGCAGCAUCCCAGUGUCUGCACAAGCUGCAGCUGCUGCGAGCAGCUGCGGAGUCCCAGAUGGUGAUACACCCGGCAGACUGUACUCACUGUGCGGGGACCUUCCCUGCAGAUUGCGCUCCACUCAGAGGACGAAGAUGUGGGGACAUGGGUGUCCUGGCAACACCUCUCCUUUUUUACUCCAGCUUCCAGGAGCUGAGGGACAUGGCUGCCUUGAAACUGCAGGUGCUGAUGCUGCGCCAGCAAAUCGACAUACAGAAGGUUUUGAUAGCCGAGCUUCUCCCCAUUCUGGAAUCCAGGCUUCCUCAUGAUGAUUCUCCAUCUCAUCUGUACCGCUCAGUUUACACCCAACUCUGUGAAGGAGGCGAGCGGUUCCCUGUACUGAUGAAUGAUGAGCUGCCAGACUGAUCCUGAAUCCAGCCUGCUAUCCUGCCGGCCGUCCCCACGCCCAGAGAGAGAGAGCCAAGAACUAAACUUUUCCUAGUAAUUUUUUUCCCUCUGCCCACUUGUCAAACAAAAUAAUUAAAUUUUACACUG